UUGAACAAAAGUUAUUAUCUAAAACGAAAAGGAAAGAAAUAUGUCUGGAGGAGUGUGGAAAAGAUGGAGGAAGCUGGUGGUGAUGGAGCAUUUGAAUUGUUUGGCCCAUUGGAGGAGGAUGACCUUUGGUUUAGGAGGUGGAAUUCAACAUCGUUUCUCUUCUACCGGCGGUGGAGACGGCGGAGGCGGCGACAAUUACGAUGGCAAUGCCAAAAACGAUGCUACUACUAACAGGAAUAGAAGCAAAUGCAAAUCCAAAACCAAAAGCACUGCCACUUCUGCUCUUACUCGUAGGAUCAAAGCCGAGAUAAAUUGUCCGCGCUGCUCCAAUCACAAUUACUUCAAUUUCGGUCUCCCCCAUACUUCCUUAGAUUCGUCUGACACUAAUUCCAGCAACGGUAAAUCCACCGUUAAUUUUUGCCCCACUUGUAGAACCGCCUACCACUCUCGACCCCACCGUGUAUACCCUCUCCAGGGCACUUUCUUGGAGAUUAAAUCCAAUUCCAAAACCGCUUCUCCUACUCCUACUACUCCUCGCAACAACGUUAGGACAUCGUUUUGGGACAAUAUUAGAUCCGAGCAUUCUCCGCCAACGCCGCCACCACCUCCUGGGAAUGGCCUCACUGUGCAAAUUCCGCCUGGGCCACCCUUUCCUCCCGGAGUGAAUUUCCUAAGAGAUGAUGGGCUCAAGGAAGGCAACACUAGUGGCAAUGGCACAUGGUUGGGAGGGGCCAAGUUGGGGAAGGAUUUGCCUACGCCGAAAGAGAUUUGCAAAGGCCUUGACAAGUUCGUUAUUGGCCAGCACAAGGCAAAGAAGGUGUUGUCAGUUGCCGUUUAUAACCAUUAUAAAAGAAUAUACCACGCCUCCUUGGAGAAAGGGUCAAGAGUAGAAGCAAGUUUCGAAGCACUUGAGGACAAUGAAAAUGUGGAGUUAGAGAAAAGCAAUGUGCUCCUGGUCGGACCAACAGGCUCCGGAAAGACUUUAUUGGCAAAAACUCUGGCUCGAUUCGUCAAUGUCCCUUUUGUCAUUGCCGAUGCAACAACUUUGACACAGGCUGGUUAUGUUGGUGAAGAUGUUGAAUCAAUAUUGUACAAACUACUCACGGCUGCAGAGUUCAAUGUAGAAGCAGCUCAACAAGGAAUAGUUUACAUUGAUGAAAUUGACAAGAUAACUAAGAAGGCUGAGCGCUUAAACAUUAGCAGAGAUGUUUCUGGGGAGGGUGUUCAGCAAGCGUUGCUGAAAAUGUUAGAGGGAACUAUUGUAAAUGUUCCAGAGAAGGGAGCAAGGAAGCAUCCUCGGACUGGCAGUAUACUGAUAGACACAAAAGACAUCCUUUUCAUUUGUAGUGGAGCAUUUGUUGAUCUUGACAAAACAAUUUCCGAGAGACAGCAAGAUUCUUCAAUUGGUUUUGGAGCACCUGUUCGUGCUAAUAUGAGGACCUCGUGGGUAACCAAUGCUGCAGUGACAUCGUCUUUGCUUGAAUCAGUUGAGAGUUUCGAUCUUAUUGCAUAUGGCCUCAUACCAGAGUUUAUAGGACGCUUUCCAAUCCUAGUUACUUUGUCAGCUUUAACUGAGGAGCAACUUGUGCAGGUGCUUACAGAACCAAAAAAUGCUCUUGGAAAGCAGUACAAGAAGUUAUUUAGCAUGAACAAUGUGAAGCUAAAUUUUACACCAAAAGCAUUGAGAUUAAUUGCUAAGAAGGCAAUGGCUAAGAAUACAGGUGCCAGGGGUUUAAGAGCUAUACUGGAAAGCAUUCUCACUGAAGCGAUGUAUGAGAUUCCAGAUGUAAAAAUUGGACACAAUAAAGUAGAUGCUGUUGUGGUUGACGAGGAAUCAGUGGGUUCAACAGAUAUCCCUGGAUGUGGAGGGAAGGUUCUUCGUGGGGACGGCGCAUUGGAGCAUUACUUUGUCAAAGCCAAGUUGAAGGAUUCUAUUGUAUCAGGAAAACCUUCCAGGACAGCAGCAGGCGGAAGGAGAAUCGGAGGUUUCAUCGAGAGCCAUGAGCUUGUAGCAAUUUUCCCAGGAAAGCUGUUGCUGUACAGUGGUAAAAAUAAUUUUUAUUUGUAAAAGUAUCAUUCAUUCAUAGGUCCAUUUAUCUUGUAUAACAGCAUAAAUUUUGGUGCCAUAGUUGAAUAGAGAGAUACAAGAAAAGGAAAAGGAAAAUAACAAUGUAGCAUCUUAAAGAAGAAGCAACGGCAUCUGAUGUAAAAUUUUUGUUCAAUACAUACAUUGUAAUUUAUUGUAACAUUUUCAUU